GCAAGGGAGUCGACUGUAUGAACUGCCGCCUGUCACGACUCAGCAUCUGUCGAUGCAGGAUCAGCUCAGGACGAUGCAUCCAGAUGGGCUCCGUUGGUCCGUGUGCGGGUUGUCCCAGAGCCCCGCAGCAGAUCCGCGAGCCAGAUCCGCGCGGGUCGGAGCCAAACUUGCUUUCGGAUGCAGCCCGGCCGUCCUUUGCCCAACGUCGCCGUGAUCUCAACCACUGCUCCUCCCAGCACCAUGUCCUAUCUACCCCCACGCCCCCCUGCUCCCGGAUACCAAGCGCCGUUCAAUCCGCCACCAGGCGCCAACCUCGACGGUCAGCGGCGCCCCGGCAGCAUCAACCGACCGAUCGCCGGUCCCAGUGCCGUUGCCCUUCCAGGAAUGCCUCCGAUUGCGGCACCGAUUCCUCCCAAGCCCACCGAAGUCGGAUCGCAAACAGCCCCGAACAAGAGCAGCAGCAUUGGAUCGUCUGCCCCCAGCGGCUCAAGCCAGGGCGGCGGAGGCGUCGGCUACCCCGAAGGAUACACCCCUCGAGCCCGACCCCCAGUGCCCCGGGUGGCCGUAUCGGCCACAAAGAAAAAGACGGCCAAAUCCGAGAGCAAGUAUGCGAUCUCGACGUCGACACCGGCAGCGGGCACAUCGGCAAGCACCGCAGACAAGAAAGACGACGCAUCGGGUGCCCCCCAGCCGUCAACCUUGGUUCGCGCCGCUGGAGGCGAGAUCUGGGAGGAUAAAUCGCUUCUGGACUGGGACGACAAUGACUUCCGACUCUUUUGCGGCGAUCUCGGCAAUGAAGUCACAGACGACCUGCUGUCCAAAGCCUUCAUGAAGUAUCCGUCGAUGGUCAAGGUGCGUGUGGUCCGGGACAAGCGAACGCAAAAGAGCCGAGGAUACGGAUUUGUGAGCUUCAAGGACCCCAACGACUUCGUCAAGGCCCUGAAGGAGAUGAACGGCAAAUACAUCGGCAACCGGCCGGUCAAGCUGCGAAAGUCAAGUUGGGCGGACCGCAACGUGGAUAUUGCCGCCCUGAAAAAGGUCCACAAUGGCGGCGUUGCCAAGAAAGCGACCAAAUAGAUUCAGUCUUGGGCCGUCGCAAAGAUAAACCAACGACUCUCAGUCCAGAGCGUGUGGGAGAUGGAAUGUACUGUCCUGCAG